AUGGCGUUUCAAAUAUCGAUCGGCGAUGUAUUGAUGCUGUCGAAGCUCGCCUGGGAUAUCUCGCAGGCGUUCACAUCAGGCAGGAAGUCAGCACCAGCAGAGUUCCAGGAAGUGCAGAAUCAGCUCAGUUCACUCACGCAUGCACUGGAAUCAUUGAAAUCAUUGUCCAGGGUGUCAACAGGACAGGACAAUGAGGGCCCAGUCAGCAGUAUCGCACCGAUCCUGCAGAACUGCCGCUUCACUCUGGAACACCUUGACGCUCUCGUAAAAAAGUAUAUGAUUAUCGAGAAUGACGGAUCGGGUGACUCAGAGAAAAAGCGAUGGCGAGAGGAGAUCCGGAAGAACUGGAAAAAAGUGCGGUGGACAAGGGAAGGAGGUGAUCUGACGAGGCUGCAGCAUAAUCUCGGAGUCCAUAUCAACAGCCUCAACCUUACAAUCGCGGUUCUAAACAGCGAGAUUAAUCAGAACAUGGGCCAGCGAGUAGAGAACGUUCAUGGAAUGCUGGGAGAGAUCUAUGACUGGUUCAUCAGCAACUUGAAAAACCGAACGAUGAGCUUCUAUGAGCCUUCCUCGAAACCACGAGAGACACCGCCGGAGCUGUCUUUUUCACUGCACCUGGCAGAUUCCGAGCCGUUUGGCCCUGCUGCUCUAUGCGACAAUGCGUCUUUGAAUGUGGAGUCGCUCCGAAAUCCAGAACAGCCUAUGUUCAAGUGCAACUGUCAGCUUCGACGCACUAGAUACGGGGACAUCCACGAUGAAGAGCUGAUGCAAUACUUUGUCUUGGAAAAUAUGGCUCUCCUCUGGCAGAACAUCCCGGCUUACCAGUCUUAUAAUCCGAAAUAUAACCCCAUCAAGAUUGAAAAUGUGAAGUUGACAGCCAACGGACACACCUACUCUACGGGCCCUAUCGAAGCAGUCCAGCUGGUCCACUACCGGAAUUUAACUGGCGAUGGAGCGUGGGUGUUCAAUGAGACGGCAGAUGCGAUUUUGGUUGCCCGCUUAAAUUCCCUCCCAAUUGACUCGACAGAGGACGAAGCAUUCGAAUUUACCGUCACUGGUGAGCUCCCGAAGCUCUGUGAGCUAGCGAGCAAAAGAGCUAAACUUUCCCAGUGGGCAUUCAGACGCAUAUUACGCAUGGAGAAUCUGCAUCAGAUGUUCGUAUAUCUGAAGCGGACUGUCUUUCCAGGACAAAGUCUGGGCAAGAAAACCUGGUGA